AAAUAGGUGUACCAAAAGUACUGUUUACUUUUACGAGGUGCAUGUGCAAUGUAAAUUAAUCAUGGUUUUAUAAUAUCUGCGAAUUAAACGUACCGUCAUGUGUAAUAUGUAAUUAGUAUUCGAAGAAGUUCGAAAAAGAUCGAGAAAAAAUGAAUUUAAUAACUGCAUUAAAGUUUUAUAUUACUCAAAUGACAGAAGAGAGUGGGCCUGGUAUGAAAGUUCUUUUGAUGGACAAGCAAACGACCAGUAUAGUCAGUCUGCUGUACAGUCAGUCGGAAAUAUUUCUCAAAGAGGUUUAUUUAUUUGAACGUAUUGAUGUAAAUGCUCGCAAUGAAGGUUUGAAGCAUUUAAAGUGUAUAGUGUUUAUAAGACCAACCAAAGAAAAUGUUGAAUACCUUUGCAACGAGUUACGAUGUCCGAAAUACGGGACUUAUUACAUUUAUUUCAGUAAUAUUAUCGCAAAGGCCGAUAUCAAGUUACUGGCUGAAAGCGACGAGCAAGAAGUAGUGAGAGAAGUUCACGAGUAUUAUGCAGAUUAUUUAGCUAUUAACCCACAUUUAUUCUCCCUCGGAAUAAAUGCGUGUUCACAAGGUUUACUAUGGAACCCAGUGCAUCUGCACAGAACCGUCUUAGGUAUAAUUUCGGUACUGUUAUCCCUUAAAAGAUGCCCCCAUAUACGUUAUCAAAAUAGUUCUGAAAUGGCUAAGAGAUUAGCAGAGAAAAUAGGUGAAGUACUGAGCAAAGAGUCAAGUUCCUUCAAAUUCAGACAAGAUUCUAGUCCAAUUUUACUGAUACUUGACAGAAGGGACGACCCCAUCACGCCCUUAUUAAAUCAGUGGACAUACCAAGCAAUGGUUCACGAAUUACUAACAAUUAAUAAUAAUCGCGUUAAUUUAUCGCACGUCAAGGGUAUUUCGAAGGAGCUGAAAGAAGUUGUUCUCAGUGCGGAACACGACGAGUUUUAUGCCAACAAUCUCUAUCUUAACUUCGGCGAAAUCGGGCAAACGAUAAAGGAACUAAUAGAUGAGUUUCAAAAGAAAGCUAAGAAACAUCAGAAGGUAGAGAGUAUAGCCGAUAUGAAAAAUUUCGUUGAAUCUUAUCCUUUGUUCAAAAAAUUGUCUGGGACCGUGUCGAAACAUGUAACGGUGGUCGGGGAACUUUCGUCCCUCGUUGAGAAAUAUCAUUUAUUACAAGUGUCCGAGUUGGAACAAGAACUUAGUUGUCAAAGCGAUCAUUCCACCCAGCUCCAGAAAAUAAAAGAACUUAUUAAUAGUCAGCAGAUACGGGAAAUUGAUAGUGUAAGGCUGGUCAUGCUUUACGCGCUUCACUAUGAGAAACACGCGAACAAUGAUAUCAAUGGUUUAUUGAACUUACUACGAAGUACGGAGGUUUCAGAAAGAUACAUUAAACUUGUGUACAGUAUAUUACAGUAUAGCGGAAUUAAUGCCAGGCAGAAUAAUUUAUUUGAUCGGGAAUCGGUAGCCAAAAUUACUAAAAAAUUGUUCAAAGGUUUAAGCGGAGUGGAUAAUAUUUAUACCCAACACACGCCUCUGCUGAACGAGACGCUUGAGGAUUUGAUAAAAGGAAAGUUGAGCUUACAAACGUUUCCGUAUCUCGGAAACACAAUGGUGUCUAAAAGGCUGCAAGAAGUCAUCGUGUUCAUGGUCGGAGGCACGACCUAUGAGGAAAGUCUGGCGGUUUACAAUUUAAAUAAACAAAAUGCGGGAGUGAAAAUUAUAUUAGGCGGUACCACCAUCCAUAACUCCGCGAGUUUCCUCGAGGAGAUCCAACAAGCCACGUCGGGUAUUUUAUCAAAGUAUAAAAAUAAUAAUAACUAAAACGCUACGUGUAUAUAUUUCCAUUCUAAGUAUUUAUUUAUACAAUUUCGAAUUAUGGGUUUAACUGUUACACAAUGAAGUCUUUUAUAAUAAUUAUAUUCUAUCCAUAACGAUAUUAAAGCAAACAAUGUAGUAACAAAAAAUAUAAAGUUACGCUAACGUUAAACAAUAGGA